AUGCUCACCAACACCUUUGAAAUUAACUGUAAUACAUCAUCGGGAAAUGAAGAUAAUUUAUCGUUUGAGUUGUGGAAAAUUAGUGGGGAAUUGACACGGUUACAUCAUUUAGCGCACGAAGAGUUAAAUAGGCAAAGAAUUUUGAUUCCAUACGCUCUUCUCGUUCCGAGCGAAUUAUAUUUGUUUUUCAUUCUUAGCCAUCACAUAUCGCGAAAAGAAAAGAUUCAAUCAAUAAUUAAUGAUAACUACUUGGAUGUUAAAAUCGAAAAAAAGAAUUUUUCGGAUUUUUCGAGUCUACAAGAGGAUGAAACCAAACUUUUAACUGUCGCUACAAAAAACUGGAUUCAAAAUAUUUUAAUAUUGGAGCAUUCAUACUCAUGCCAAGGAAACUUUAUGUUUCUUGCGAGCAGUGAAAAGAACAUUACCUCUGACAAUUCAAGCUUAAUUUCAAUUACAGGAUUUUCUAUUUCUUGUAUAGUUCACAACAAUUUCACAUUGAAAGUAUUUAUUAAUGUAAAAAAGAAGAUGUUCAAAAAGCUAAAUGCUGAGGAUACAAUUUCUAGAAUAUCUUCGAAAAGCCAAAAAACGCCGUUUUGGGUGUACACUCCCUUUAAGGGUCUUCCUGCAAGAUUGGCAACAAAAGACAAAAGCUCAUCUAGCGACGAAUACAAUGCAAAAACACAAGCGACAGUUCUAAUAGAAGGGACUCCAAUAUCCUUUAUUUGUGACGAGUACCUACUUGCUAUUGAAAAUAAUGACCAGAGCCUAGAGAAGUAUUUUCCUUCUUACAAAAACGCCCCUCGCCAAAAUCCACCUAGGUCUAAAGUACAACAAAAGAACAAGAUGCAAUCAGGCAACACUCCUAACAAUGCCAAAAAUAUCAAGCGAGCAUCUUCUAAUGCUGAUUCUUCCAUCAAUGGAAAGCCAGCUUCCAUCAAAAAACAAAAAACAGAAGCUGUUUUGCCUGCCUAUGCUUAUACAAGAAAAGAAAAAAAGGAACCGACGCCACCAACAAUAUUGACAGCAUCUCCGACACUUCUCAAUCCCCCAAUGGUUGAGGUAAAGAAAGAGGAUACUGCGUUAGGAACAAUGCCACCACCAUCAUCCGCCGCUCAAUCUUUGCUAACUUUUGAACAUGAAGCUACUUCAAUGGAAGCAAAUUUUGUUGCUCAAAAAUCAGAAAUCCAACUGGAAGACCAAGCAGCAAAAGAGCUGACUGCAGAUCAGUUCAACCAACUUCUUGACUCCUUUGAUUGGAACGAGCCGAACGACAAUCCUCAACCUGCUGUUACUUUCGAACCUUUGCCAGCUAGCACAACCAGUGACACAGCACAAUCUGAAAUGACACCCACGAACACGGUAAUACCAUCUCCAUCCUUAGAGCAACCACAAACAGCCUCAGUAGUGAGUGUUAAAUCUCAACAAGAUGAAAUCAAUGAAUUUAAACAAUUAUUGGAUCAGAGAGAAGCACAACGAAGAUCUAUUCAAGAUAUGCAGAUUGCAUUUAAAGAAGAAAAUUUAGUGUACGAGCCACAAACUAAGAUGCUUUCAGCAGCACCCAAUUUUUUAAGCAAUUUUAUUGAUUUGAAAGAUGAAAAAUCCUCAAUCAAGUCAGAAAUAUUUGCAAAUGAUUUUAUUUCAUACUAUAGCACUCCUUCCUAUACAUUGUGCACCAUUGAUGAGAUGGAAUAUCCAAGAAAGACCAACUUCUGUCCCCCAGUAAGCUCAAUGGAACAAUUUUCUUUAUUGACAUCAAUGCCAAAAGAGAAAAGGCAAAAAAGAGAAAAGAAAAGCAAGAAAAUGAAUACUAGAAAAGAAGAAGUUAAAGAGACCGCUGAAACUUCUUUGAUAACAAAUGCUGAAGAGGUUUAUGAUGAAGAAAUUACAAAUUUCGAUUUUGUACAUUCUGGCGUUUCAGAACUGAUAGAUAUUGUAUCAAACACAGAUUCAAGCAUUACCAUCUCUGAUAUCUUGAAGCAAGCUCUUUAUCAUUUAUCAGACGAUAAUACUGGCCCUGUUAAAAAGGGAGAAUUACUGUCUUUCAUGUUGGAUGGUUGUUGGAAAGGUUACGAUCUUCAAUCAAAUCAGCAGCCUUCCAUCGAUAUUUCAAACGGGUUGCUCGAGUCCAUCCAAGUUGUGUCUAGAUACUGGUAUCAGUCAGAAUCCUCUCUUCCGCACGUAACGAACGAUGAGGUAAUUUCUAUAUUAUUCAAGGUUUCAGAAUUGUUGACCAAAACUGAAGGAGAGGAAAAUAUUAAGGGCCCAGUGAAUAUGGAACAUUCUUACUUCCAACCACUAGAAACUCCAACAAUACGUGUUGGAUAUAUGGAGCAAUGGCUUGACUCACAUCCUGAGAUCAUUAGUGAAUGGGAAAAAUCUCUUCUUGAGCCAUACGCGCCUCCAAAAAAGAUAAAUUAUUGUGUGAUUGGGGUUGAGCCACCAGCAUUUAACAACAAUGAUGGACUAUUCUCGGAUUUGAAUGGAUUUUUUGAAAAUUUAAGCGCCAUUUACGAGAUGUGCAAGCUUGGAAUCCAUUUACCAAUUAACAAUGAUUUAAUUUCAGAAGGUAUAAUCCCAAUUACAUACAACAGAUAUUCCCAACCAAGUACAACAACCAAUAUCAAAUCACAAAAAUCUCAAAUGGAAGAAUUUAUUGAGCAAUUUCAAAAAGCAGCAAAAAGAGCAGAGCAAGGAAUAAUUUCUUUUUAUAAUAAUAACCCGAAAGAUGAAAACAUAUUUAUCUAUGUCGUUUUUCCUUUUCAUCUUGUCGAGAAGAUGGAAGAGGCAACUUCUAUACCAAUGUCUAGCAUGCUUUAUAACAUAUUUGGUAAUAUUUUAGAUCAUUUACAGCUUAACAUCAGUCAAGAAAGCGAUGUCACUCCAUUUAUUCAUUUCAUUGAUCAAAAAAUAGUGGACGAGCCAUAUUUGAACUAUCCUCUAGCUGCUCUUAAACAAAUUUCGCUAUCUGUUUACAAUAAGUGUAGAAGACAACAAAAACGAUGGAAUAGCCUUUCAGGCUAUUUUUCGCUGCUUCAUGAGCCUGCAUUCGUACUAACUCCAAUUGAGGUUGCUCCAGAUGCUAGUCGAAACAGUCGAUCACCUUUUUCAGAAAUUCAGCAACAAAAGCUUACUCUUCACUGUGCAUAUAGCAUUACUGAAGAGACCAAUGGUGAAUUUUAUGUCACUGUUGUAUGGACUGACUAUUCUGGAAAUUUGCUCGAAUCUACAAUUAUUGAUAGUACCACUGUUAUGGCUGAUGAUGGAAGAAGGAUGGAAGCAGUCAUUCAAAAGAUUCAUGAACAAAGCACCAUCUACAUGACAAGUCUUUCGAGUAGUCAUCACAUUGAAUUUUCUUGGGAAUAUACUGUUUGCAAGGUUGCUCCAGAUGAAAAUCAAGUUGUGACAAUGUCUGAUGAAGAACUGGCUGCAUGGGGGAAAAUUAAGGAAUCAGGUCAUAAUGGUGCAAUGUAUCUUGUAUCUCUUAACGACAAUCCAUCGUUACAGUUUUUCAAGAAUAGACCAUCUGACGGACAUGAUACAUCACAUGUCGGUGUCAUGUCAUACAUGCAUGUUCAUGAAGAGUAUGGCUACAUAAUUUCUUCAACAGAAGAACGACCACAAGAUCUAUUGCAGGAUGGAAGACGUCAGGAUACGAUUUGUAAUAAUAAGAGUGUGAUUGAAAUUAAGUUAUUCGUUAAAGGCACUGAGAAAUGUUUGCACAUUGGAAAUAUUAGACAUAUUUGCAAACAAUUUUAUAACCUAAGUUGGUUGUCUGUCUCGCCUUUGCACCCAAGUCGAUUCACAGUACUACCUGUUCAUGUGCAACUCUUACGAAACAUUAACACUAAUUUGAAGCGAUAUGUUCAAUAUAUUACGAACAAGAAUUAG